CCUAUUUUCUCCUCCCUCCUCCUCCUUUCCCUCACCCCCCUCAGCCUACCUCUCAUUUUUGGGAAGGAGUCACCCUGUGUACUCCUUGUUUUUAUUUCUCUUUCAGGAUCCUGGUUAGAGACUCCUGGAGGCCCCUACAGAUGCCGGCAGACCCCACACAGGAUGCAGACUCUUUGCUUUCCUACGGGAUGAAACUCACAUGGGACAUCAAUGAUCCACAGAUGCCUCAGGAACCAACCCACUUUGACCACUUCCGGGAGUGGCCUGAUGGCUAUGUGCGCUUCAUCUACAGCAGCCAGGAGAAGAAGGCUCAGCGCCACCUGAGUGGCUGGGCCAUGCGCAACACCAACAACCACAAUGGCCACAUCCUUAAGAAGUCCUGCCUGGGCGUGGUGGUGUGCGCACGCGCCUGCGCCCUGCAGGAUGGCUCGCACCUGCAGCUGCGGCCGGCCAUCUGCGACAAGGCCCGGCUGAAGCAGCAGAAGAAAGUGUGUCCCAACUGUCACUCAGCUUUGGAGCUGGUUCCUUGCCGAGGGCACAGCGGAUACCCUGUCACCAACUUCUGGAGGCUUGAUGGCAACGCAAUAUUUUUUCAGGCCAAAGGAUUUCAUGAUCACCCCAAACCAGAAAGUAAGUCAGAGACAGAAGCUAGAAGAAGUUCCUUCAAGAGACAGAUGGCCUCUUUCUACCAACCACAGAAAAGGAGUUCCAGAGAGCCUGAGGUAAUGACCACUGACACCACCUGGAGCUCCAGAGAGCCUGAGGUAGGAAGUACUCAGGAUUGCAGUGGAAACCUCAGUAGCAUGCCUGCCCUAGAAGCCACAGAACUGCUUGAGAUGACUGGUGAUACCAGCUUCCCUAUUACAGCGCAGCCCUGCCCUUCCUUGCCAAACGCUGAUGUCCACAGAGUUACCUGUGACCUGGCCACCUUUCAAGGGGAUGCAGUGCUGACCUUUCAGAAUUAUUCAAAUCCAAGUGUCUAUUUGCCCAGACCACCUUGGAGUUAUGAAUUGGCAGAUCCUGUGGGUACAAGUUUAAGUCCAUAUCCCUCCCUGUAUAAAGAUUCUUCCAGUCUCCCUGAUGACAUAGACUGGGUUCAUCUAAACUCACUACAAUAUAAUGUCAGUUCAUAUGGCAGCUAUGAAAGAAGCUUGGAUUUCACAGCUAAGUAUCAUGGCUGGAAACCUACACAUGGAAAACCUGGCCUUGAAGAGAGGGUUGAUUAUGGGCAACGCCAGGCUGUGACCACAUGCCCUUAUUACAACCCAGAGCUGCCCUGCAGGUACCUGCCAGUGCCACCAGCAGGAGCCCGGGCCCUGCAGACCGUGAUCACCACCACAGUGGCCUACCAGGGUUACCAGCACCCUGCCCUGAAACACAGUAACAACACGCAGGAGGUCAGCACCCUGGCCAGCUGCACAUAUGCUGAAAACCUCCCGAUGCCCAUCUACCCACAAGCCCUAGGCCCUCCCGAUGCAGUCAUGCAGGCAGCCUCUCCUCUGGAGACAGGCCCCGUGAAACUUCCAGGAGAUUGCCAGGUCCUCAGACCCACUCUGGCUUUUCCUCAAGAGACAGAUCCCUCCAGGACAGAUGGAACGGAUGCAUGGGAUGUGUGUCUGUCUGGGGUGGGCUCUGUGACAGGUUACUUGGAUAGAACAGGGCAGCCUUUUAACUUUAAUAGUGAGGACUUUUAGAAGGAUCCCGGGGUACACACCCCAUGAUAAUGGAGUGCUUGCAAAAAAAAUACUUGCAAAAGGGCAACCACCAAUUGUUGAGAUAAUUCACUUUGUAUGUUUCAUUGUGUGUGUGUGUGUGUGUGUGUGUGUGUGUGUUUUAGCACAAGUGCAAGCUGAGGAUAUCGGUGUGAAACAAUGGAGAGGAUGCUGGAGUUUGCAUAGCAUUUUGAAGCCCACCUCCACACAGGCUGUUAGGAGUGUUAGUCUUCCAAAUGAACAAAUAAAUGAGCCGAAGGCCUGUGACACAUGGGUCUGGAAGGUUCCUAUUCUUAGUCUUAGUCUUUUUGUUUUAGACUUUUAGGGAAUUUCACACCGCCAUGGACAGCAUCAAGAGGCUGUGAGUAGCUUCAGAACGGAAACCUGGAGAGAAAUGUAUGAAGUUUAGCAGACAUUCUGUUACCCUGCAAGCUUUUUUUCAUAAAUCAGCUGAUAAAUUUGUAAAUCAAGAGGACUCCUGCAUAACCUGGAGUGCUAUGACACCUGUGAACUGAUGCUCCCAGAAAAAAAAAAAAACAAAAAAAAAACAGGCAAAACCUCACCUGUGUUAAAUUCCACGAUGUUGACUGACUGAUAAGAACUUCUGGAAUGUUGCAGGUCUGAAGCCAUAUCUGAGACUUUAUUCCCUUAGUAGUUAUUUAUUGCUUAUUGUUAAAUAAAUCCUUUUGGGGUGUACAAACAGAUCCUGAGUCUCCACUGCUCAAAGGCUAAGAAUGUUAUAAAGUAGCAUCUUAGGCCCAUAAAAAUAUUUUUUCUGCCUUACUGUAUAACCUGCUUGCCUGUUGUUUCCACAAAUAUAUUUUUCAAAUACCUUGA